UCACAUCACUCAAUCACUUUUUUUUUGGUUUUUUAAAUGGUGACGGCAGCCAAAUCAUCACUAAAAAAGUUUUUCGUUUUUAUGUGAAGGAAUUUUUUUCUGUUUUUUUCCCCCCAACAAAAGUUUUCAACUCUUUAAAUUUAUAAUAACUCUGUGCUAAAUAAAAACCCAAAUAAAAUAAAAUUCAACAAAUUUGUGUUUUUUAAAUUAAAAAGAAGAAAAGAACAAGUGGAAAAAUGGUUGACAAAUUCAUAAGUAUGUGGAAAGUGCGUGAAUUGGCUGACAAAGUCACCAAUGUCGUCAUGAACUACACAGAAAUCGAAGGUAAAGUGCGUGAGGCAACCAACGAUGAUCCGUGGGGACCAACUGGACCACUUAUGCAGGAAUUAGCCCAUGCAACUUUUACAUAUGAAAGUUUUCCCGAAGUAAUGUCAAUGUUAUGGAAACGAAUGCUUCAAGACAAUAAAACUAACUGGCGAAGAACAUAUAAAAGUUUACUUCUGCUAAACUAUUUAGUGCGAAAUGGCUCCGAAAGAGUAGUAACCUCAUCUAGAGAACACAUUUAUGAUCUACGAUCACUCGAAAACUAUACAUUUACUGAUGAGGGUGGAAAAGAUCAAGGAAUUAAUGUUAGACAUAAGGUUAGAGAACUUAUAGACUUCAUUCAAGAUGACGAUCGUCUGAGAGACGAACGAAAAAAGGCCAAGAAAAAUAAAGACAAAUACAUUGGAAUGAGUAGCGAUGCCAUGGGUAUGCGAAGCUUUGCUACUGGAGGAGGAGGAGGUGGUGGCGGAUCAGGAAGCAACGAUGGAUGGAAAACUUCACGUACUGAUCAUGGAGAAAACUGGUACUCCGAUGCUCGACCUGGUGAUCGAUAUGACGAAGAUGAGAAUCCCUAUGAAGGAGAAAAAGAACUUUCGGACAGCGACACACCAAGUCCAAGGACAUAUCGCUAUAACGACAGAGCGAGUCCAGCUGACGUUGCCACCGAAGUAAAGCCUAACAUGAACAUUCGUACCAACAAACCAGUAACAACAAUCACCAAACAGCCACAAACAAAAGCGACAAUAGUAACAAACAAAAAAAUCGACAUGGGUGCAGCAGCGAACUUUGGCAAAUCGAAAACUCCCGGUAUCCAUUCACCAACACAUCGUGAUACCCCGCCUGAAGAUAUUGCCACAAAUAGCAACAACACAAACAAUAACCUAAUUGAUGACUUAUUCAAAACAUGUUCACCAACCAACGAAAGUAAGCCUACAUCUUCUGCUGCUGCUGGUGCCAAAUCAAAUGAUUUUGAUGAUUUCAAUCCACGUGCCGAUGACACACAUGAGUUUGGUGAUUUUGCAAGUGCAUUUGGUAGUUCGGAGGCAUCCAACAAACCAACAGCAACAAUUCCAGUAGCCAAAAUUGCGCCAGUUAAUGCUGCAAAAGGAGAUGACUUUGCUGACUUUACUGCAUUCCAAGGAGAGGUUGUACCAUCCAAUCAUGCUAUGCCACGUGCUAGUGUUCCGAUUGGUAAUAUGUUUGGUAGUGGAUUAGUCAAUAAUGCUGCAGCCAAUGGAAGUGCGUCGAUGGAUUUAUUUGCAACUUCUCCAGUACAGACGAAUAUAAUGUCAACAGGAGGCGGUAGCAGUGCUGCUUCAGAUUUACUCUCAGGAUUUGGAGAUUUGUCAAUUAGCCAAGGAAUGCCAAUGGCUUCGACAACAACUACAACCUGCUUCAAAUUGGACAUUGAACUGCAAAAACUUUUACAACAAUUAAAAACUAUACAAAAAGUUCAAUCAGCAAGUGAUGUUCAGCAUAUCGAAGAUAUAAUCUCAACUUUACAACACAAUCAUUUGCCAGGAAAUGCAACACCGGAAAAACUCAACGGUACCGAUCAAGAUUUCGAUACAAAUUGGAAAGAAUUUGCAACAACAAUCUAUCCGGAGAUGUUAUCGAGUAUUACCAAACAUUUUUCAUAUCAAUGGCCAAUCGAUGAAGAACGAUGUCCAUCAAAAAUCAUCGUCAACUUUUUAAAAAUUGAUCAUAAUUUUAAUUUUGUCUUUGAGACAUUCUUUGCUUUGAAUAAGGAACUUAGCCGUUGGCCUUUAACUGCUUCAGAAAUGUUUAAAAUACUUUUAGUCGAUGAACAUUACAUGAGCGCAACUUUUAUCAACAUUGCAAGACAAACCUUUGGAAUUAGUUAUGAAGAAACCAAAGUCCAUGAAUUCCUACAAAUACUAAUAUCAUUACCAAAUAGAGUUGCCAAUGUGUUGCAUGGAAAAAUGGAUGAAAUAUUUCAACCAGCUAACUUUGCUCAUCUCCUUCUGGUACACUUCACACGAGCUCUUCAUUUUAUCAUCAAAAUCAAUGUCGACAAUUCGCCAGCGGAAAUGUUCAACUUGAAUUUCAUGAGUCGGCUGCUAAGUCGAAUAAUCACCACAUUUGGAAAUGAUGCAACCGAAAGCUUGACUACAUUUGCAAAGAUUCUAGUGGAAGUCUGUAAAAUAGGCAAGUAUCGUCCUUUCGUCAAUGAAUUUCUUCUUAAACUCGAAAGAAAUGCUAUACAAUCGUUUGCCAUGAUCAUUUUGAAUGAGAAUUUGAAUCUCUAUUUGUUAAUUGACAACGCUGUACUCACUUCGGAGGAAUGGAAUUUCUGUCUAUUGAAUAAGAUUCCUUUGAUGAAGAUGUUGUCAAACGAUGAAGCUAUCAACACACUUGUGAAUUACAUAACAAUUGUAGAUGAAUCCAAUCCAAAAACCGAUUUAAAUGGUAAAAUUUUAUGGAAGCUUUUACAAGAUCUAUUACCCAUAUGGUCAAAUCGAAAUGCAAGCUUGAAAAUGACCCCAGCUCAGCAUAUUUACAUAACCAAGUUUAUUAUUCUAACCAGCCAGUAUAUCUUUAGAAAUGAAACAAUCUUCAAAAUUGGAGAUAUGCAAAGGAAUGAUAUUCGUCGGCGUUUGUAUGAAGGAAAUAAAAAUCAUUUGACAUCGGUUGACCCGAUAUUUCGUCACAUCGGUAUGAUAGCUGCUGAAUUAAUUCUAGGAAUGCUCGAAACUGAUCCAAAAGCUGAAAAGCUUCAAUUUGAUUAUUCAUAUGUAAUGCAGCUGCCUCAAGGUGAAAUUAUACAAACUUUAAGAGAUUUACCUGAGAAAAUGAAAACUAUUAAACGAGUUGAGCUUUUAACUUGCGAAGUGGAUGACGAAGCUUUGGAGGAGCUUUCCAAAGAAUUUUUCGAAUUGAAAAAGAAAUCUUUGAAAAGUGACAGAAUUGAUGAUAAUAUCGAAGAAAUUGAAGAAAUCCCUCGACGGGCUGAAGAUGAACCAAUGAUAUCCGAAAUCAUAGAAGAUGUCAAGCCCGAACUAGACUCGGAUGAUGAUGAUUGUGUUCCAUAUGAUAUGUCAAACGAUACUCCUGCCAUAGCAGACAAACGACCAAAAUUCCUUCUCGAUCUGAAAGAUGCACUCAUGGCUAAUGAUGAUUAUGAAACAUUUCAAAGUGCUAUGGAAGUAUCUGAGAAGCUUAUUCGCACUCAGUUGCCAGAUAAUGAUGCCCAACAAGCAAUUGAAUUAUUACAAAUCUUCAUAAGUCUCGAUAUGAAAUUCUAUUUUGAAAAUUUCGAAGAAAUUAAAUUCAAAAAUUGUGUAGCCAUUUGUGUGUGUCAUCCAAAGCAAUGUGCUGAAUACAUUUGUGCACAAUUUCACACUGACAACACAUCGUAUAAUGUUAGUUUGAGAAUUCUAAUGCUUCAGGUAUUGACUGCUUCGGCCAAAUCACUAAGCGAAAGCACCAAAAAAGAUGAAGAUGGAAUUCUUUCAUCGAAAAUCAUGGAAGUAAGUCCACACCCGAGGAAACUUAAAAUACCAAAUGAACACAAUACACGUUUAUUGGAAUCUGAGAAAAUCAUUCGAGCUCGUUUGAAAGAGAAAACUAAACGAUUCUUUGCCAAAGCUAAAUCAGAACCAGUUGGAACAGUAAAUCGUUUUUCAUCAGUUGCUGGAUCAUUUUUAUUUCCAUUGGUCCGAGGUGAACGCACACGACAAAUGGUAUUUGCCAAGUUUGGCAAAAUAACACAUGACAUUGAUACUUAUUUACUUGCGAAUUUCUUAAACACUUUGACUGUUGUGGUUAUCGCUUCUCAAAAUAGUCCACUUUUACCAAAAAUGGCGAGAGAAAUAUUUGAUUUAUAUUCAUUCAUUCGAUUUAGCAGUGAACCAAAAGUUAGAAUGAAUACUUUACAAUUGAUUGGAGCAACACUGGUGACAGUUCCUCGUUUUGUGCUAUUCAAUGAGUUUUCAGAUAAGCUGUUUGAAAUUAAAGAAUGGCUUGAGGAUUGUUCAAAAAGCCCACUAAUUGGUGGAGAAGCAUCUGAAGAUUGUCGAGAAGUUGCUGCUCAAGUGAUGUCGGUUUGUUAUGGAUUGAUUGCAGAUAGAAAUAAAGAUUUUUGAAAGAUUUUUUUUUAUGUUUUAGUAAAACUUUCUUUUAAACAAGCCAUCAAGUUCAAAAUUGAUUCAAUAUCUUGCAUUAAAUUUUAAUUCAUGUUUUUUUUCUUACAUAU